UUUUCAUCGGCAAUGUUCUAUUUUGCGUUGUUGUUGCAAAGUGAAAUUCAAAAUGGAUACUUGAUGAGAAAUAUGAUUGCAGGAGUCACAAUUUUCGAAAUUUUGUUGAGUUUUCUUACUAUUCAAGUAAUAUUUUCAAUAGUUCAAGCAUUUUUUUUAUUUUUUCUGGCUGAUUUUCUACUAUACAUUAGCUGGGAAAGUUCCUUAUUACUAAUUAUCCAAUUAAAUAUUGCUAUCGGUACCUGUGGAAUGAGCAUUGGUUUAUUCAUUGGUUCAUUCGCCAACAGUUCAAUCAAAUCAUUUUAUGUAACACUAUUGGUGUGCUUUUUAAAUAUAAUGUCUUUUUUGGCCAUUAAAGAAUACAGAAUUAGCUCUAUUGCCUAUUUCAAUUAUAUUACCAUUAUCUUUGCCAAUUCGAGCAGUUCAAGCUAUAUUGAUCCAAGGACGUCGAUUUGAUUCAAUAGGGAUUCUUUUAGCAGGGAUUUCUAUUACU